AUGUGCACUCUACGUUUACAGAUUAACAGGACUGUGUGUGCCAAGCUGGGCAUCCAGCAGAGCCUCUGUGCCCCCUACCAUCCUCAGACGAAUGGUUUGGUGGAGAGGAUGAAUGGAACCAUCCAAAGCAAUGUGGCAAAGAAGCAGGAGAGCACCAGGCGGAGGCUGACAACAGGUGCAGCUAAGGAACUUCUCAAAGUUGGAGAGCAGGUCUGGCGGCAGAACGUCAGGAACCAGCAGAGGAAGGGUGGGAAGUUGGAGGCAAACUUCCUGGGCCCAUACACAAUAACAGCACUGGAGGGCAAAAGUGCAGAUUUGAAAGCAAAACAUGGUGCAGUUUUCCGCAAGGUCAACAUUGACCACCUCGUCAAGGUGAGCUGCACCAGCCUCCUCACCUCCUCACCUCCAGCUGCACCAGCCUCCUCACCUCCUCCUCACCUCCAGCUGCACCAGCCUCCUCACCUCCUCCUCACCUCCAGCUGCACCAGCCUCCUCACCUCCUCCUCACCUCCAGCUGCACCAGCCUCCUCACCUCCAGCUGCACCAGCCUCCUCACCUUCACCAGCCUCCUCACCUCCAGCUGCACCAGCCUCCUCCUCACCUCCAGCUGCACCAGCCUCCUCGCCUCCAACUGCACCAGCCUCCUUGCCUCCAACUGCACCAGCCUCCUUACCUCCAACUGCACUAGCCUCCUCACCUCCACCUCCACCAGCCUCCUCACCUCCACCAGCCUCCUCACCUCCAACUGCAUUAGCCUCCUCACCUCCAACUGACCUAGCCUCCUCACCUCCAGCUGCACCAGCCUCCUCACCUCCUCACCUCCAGCUGCACCAGCCUCCUCACCUCCUCCUCACCUCCAGCUGCACCAGCCUCCUCACCUCCUCCUCACCUCCAGCUGCACCAGCCUCCUCGCCUCCUCCUCACCUCCACCAGCCUCCUCACCUCCAGCUGCACCAGCCUCCUCACCUUCACCAGCCUCCUCACCUCCAGCUGCACCAGCCUCCUCGCCUCCUCCUCACCUCCAGCUGCACCAGCCUCCUCGCCUCCUCCUCACCUCCAACUGCACUAGCCUCCUCACUUCCAGCUGCACCAGCCUCCUCACCUCCAACUGCACUAGCCUCCUCACCUCCAGCUGCACCAGCCUCCUCACCUCCACCAGCCUCCUCACCUCCACCCCUCCUCACCUCCAGCUGCACCAGCCUCCUCACCUCCUCCUCACCUCCAGCUGCACCAGCCUCCUCACCUCCACCAGCCUCCUCACCUCCAGCUGCACCAGCCUCCUCACCUCCAGCUGCACUAGCCUCCUCAUCUCCAGCUGCACCAGCCUCCUCAUCUCCAGCUGCACCAGCCUCCUCAUCUCCAGCUGCACAAGCCUCCUCAUCUCCAGCUGCACAAGCCUCCUCACCUCCACCAGCCUCCUCACCUCCACCUCCACCAGCCUCCUCCUCACCUCCAGCUGCACCAGCCUCCUCCUCACCUCCACCCCCACCAGCCUCCUCACCUCCAGCUGCUUGUUUUGGAGAGGUAGAGGAAACAACUCCACAAUACAAAAAAACUCCAAUUCAAAUAUAUGUGAAAGAGGCAUUUGCAGGGAAGAAGGCCCAUGUCCUUCUUUCAAAGAUUGGAAAUUAUAAUUUGUAUUAUUGGGACAUCGAGAAGGUUGGCCCCAACCAGGAGCUUGAGAGCGAGGUAAUCAAUGCCUACCUCACCUUUCUUGUGAGGAAAUAUAAUAAAAGAAGUCCAGGAAAGGCUGGUGUCAUCGACAGUUUUUGCAUGAUGGCAAUUUGGCAAGGGAAACAACAAAGACUCCGAAAACUCGAUCCAAUGGCAUUCUCCAUCCUUUUGGGAAUAAUUAAUGAACAAAACCACUGGAUGUUGACGGUCAUCUACCCACAUGAGAAGAGAUUCCUUUUUUUGGAUCCAUUGGGGGAAUCACAAAGGAACAUCAAGAGAUGCCUGGGGUCAACAAGGGCCUUUAUGCGAAAGAAAUGCUGCAACGUGACAAGGUGGGCAUGCAGCACACUAGCCCAUGCACGCCAGCAAGAUGGCACAUCAUGUGGUUUCCUGGCCUUAAAAUUUGCAGAGGAAAUAUUGAAAGGGCAGCAAAUAAACAUCAAGACGAAUCCUACGGCCGUGAACAAGAUGAGGCUUGAUAUUGCCACUGUCCUCCUCCGAGAAACAGAUGAUCUCAGCAAGUUCUGUCACAGCUGUGGGAUGGAGGAGAGCGAUGACCCUAAUUGGAUCCGCUGUGACAUCUGUGACAGGUGGUUUCACCACGAGUGUGUCCUGAGGCCAGAUCUUGAUGGGGAUUACCUGUGCCCUGCAUGUGUAUGAUGAUUGCCUUUGUGUUUACUUCAUUUGACGUUUGACUUUGAAUAUUUUAUAUAUAAAUUAUUUAACUAUGUGUGGAUUUUGUUAGACUUAAACUUAGACAAACUUUAAUGAUCCACAAGGGAAAUUAUUUGUUUGUAUUAAAAAAAAAUUGCAUUAUACCUUGUUUGAUAAGAAAUUA